CAGAUUGAAACCUGUUGUUCAGCGCCAAGAAUGAAGAAUUGCCCACUACGGAGUAGUGAAGCAUCCAUUUGGUAUGUCACAGUAUUUGCUUGUGGACAUAAUUUUCGCCUUGAGUACUGGCCUUAUUGGAAUUAUAUUGGUGGCCGAGGCCACCGACACCGGUGCCAGCACGCUACAGAAAUUCUGUGGCACCACUGACAUUACCGAAAGUAUUGUGGACUGACUGAUAUUUUUUUUUGUCUGAGCCACUUCUAUCCAGUGGCCUAAUCAUCCAGCGGGAAAACUUUCUGGUGACUUCGCUUGGAAUCCCUGAUAGAACUCUUAAUUUAUGAAGCAUAUCAUCUAUGCAUUGUGUUUAUCUUCUCAGCUAACUACAACUGUCUCAGGUCCAAAUCAUACUUCCGGAAUUACUUGCAUGGUUGAAGCAGUUCAAGUUAUUUAACAAGGCUACUGUUUCUUCCUUUUUCAAAAGCAAAAUUAUUUAUUAUCAAUUGGCAUAAUUUACAUAUUACAUAAUUUUCCAAAGUUUUUUAAUAUACCUAGUAUUUCAUAUAGGCAUUAUUUUAUACCUUAUUUAUAUUUUUUAGAGAUGAAUGUUCAUUUACAUACUUUUGAGUUCAGAUAAUGGGAAGAAUCUAAGAUUCUGUUAAGAAUCUUCACUCUUUAAGUCAACAAAUUGUGUAAAUAUUGUUUCCGACAUAUCACAGAAUCUGAUAAACUAUUGGAGAGUGGGAUAGUCCCACACUCCAUCUUACAAAUACUGGAUGACAAUGGAUAAAGUGACAUUUCUCGGUGACCACCGAGGGAACAAUCCUCCACCACCUCCCACAUCAUCUCCUCCUCGCCCUUCAUCCGGUGACCAGAAGAUGUUUCCCAAAAAGGAACAUGACCAAGAGGAAGAAGAUGAUGCGGAGGUAAUGCAGGUUGUUGCCAAUGGACCAGUUAGUUUGAGGACAAAAAAACAAAGGAUAGUUGGUGUUAACGGUGUUUUGACUACUGAUGAGGAUGCUACAGUUGAACGUCCAAUGUCUUGGGAAGGGGAGCUCUCUGAAGACGAACUUAUGGAUCCUAGGCAUACACCACCACCACCACCUCAGAUUACUGGGUGUCACAACAUUAUGCCAACUGUAGUUAGCACAACAAACCUUCCUGGACGCCCAUCUGGUAGCCCCAUGUGCAUGGAUGAUGAAGGACAUUUAAAUAAUGUAACCAGAAUUAAGAAUGAAACUGUUGAAAACUCCGAAAUAAGUGAAAAUACCAUUACUGUUAGAAACAGCAUUGGAAAUUGUGGCUCCAUCACAGCUAGUGCUUCUGGCCCUCAUACUACAAUAAGUUUGAUAAAACCUGCCUCUCCUUCACCAUAUAUUCCUCUCUCUCAGGCUAAUGCCUCUGACCGUCCACCUGUUGCUCACAGUGCCCUAUAUGAAUGUCCUCUUGUGAAUCAUCAAAGUCCUGCACCAAGUAGGAACUUGAUUGGUUACAGUGGUCCUUAUAGCCAAACUCCCAGUCCCAUCCUCACCCGUCCUACAAGCAGCUCCAGUUCCCGUUCCUCGUAUUCUCCGAGCCAAAGUCCCCUUAUGGGCAGGUAUGUGAAUAGUGCAUCUUCAUUAUAUUCACAUACUCAAAGCCCUGUUCUGUCUCGACACACUGCAGGAAACAGCAGUGAUGGCUCUGCUUGUUCACCUUCAGGUAGUCCUCUUCAAAGCCGACAUAUUACCAUCGAAGGACCUGUCUUUUCACCAUCUCAAAGUCCUAAUCAGAGCAGAAGAGGGGAUUUGGAGAGUUUCUCUCCUGCUCGAAGUCCUGGUCAUCUGAGUGGUUCGAAUGUAUCCCGCCACCGUCCGUACAGUGUAUCUGUUUCACCUGGUCUGGUGCAUAAGGCUGGUUCUAGCACACCUGAUCAAAGCUGUCUACUCGAUAGUUCCUCUUCCCUUCACCCACCAUAUCAGUAUGUAUCUCAAGAUCAACUUGGUAUUGAGACAAGAUUGAGUCAAGUAUCACCCUUGUCUCAGCAUCCAACACCAGAAGCUAGAUCAACAACAUCCAGUGCCUCAGUUGCCUCCAGUGCCUCUGAUGAAUCCAAUGCAAGUGACUUUUCCAGUCCAACUCGUAGGCCGUCCAGUGACAAUCUAGAUGACAGCAGGUUGCAACUGCUUGGUGAUCUUUCUCAAAAUCCUCUUAGCCUCAGUGGUCCACCUGGUAUAUCCCGGCAACAGUUACUUAGCGGGCCAUGUCCUAUCUGUGGGGACCGAAUAUCUGGAUUCCACUAUGGAAUUUUUUCUUGUGAAAGUUGCAAGGGUUUCUUCAAACGCACUGUUCAAAAUAAGAAAAACUAUGUUUGUUUACGUGGAGCCAACUGUCAUGUUUCCAUUAGCACAAGGAAAAAGUGUCCGGCAUGUCGAUUCAAUAAAUGCCUUCGCAUGGGUAUGAAAUUAGAAGCUAUCCGAGAAGACAGAACAAGAGGCGGACGUAGCACUUACCAAUGUUCAUAUACAUUGCCUGCAACAUCACUUGGUGAUGAUCGUGUGCCUUUCACGGGUGAUAUCAGUAUUUCUCCAUCUUCACUUCCAAGUGAUUGCCAUACUAAGCAGGAUAUUUCCUCCUCCAGGUCUUCCAAAGAAUCUGCAGGUGCUAAUUCUCCUGAUGAACAAAACCAGCCUAUAGUUCCACCUUUAAUUCAUGACAUACUCUCUGUUGAGCAUCUAUGGCACUAUACUGAUCGAGAUUCCAGCAGAUCAUCUAAUCAAGCUCCAACUAAAAUGCCUGAUGGUGAUCAAGAUUUUCUUAGUAAUUUAUGCAACAUUGCAGAUAAUAGGUUAUACAAAAUUGUCAAAUGGUGCAAAAGUUUACCCUUGUUUCGGGAAAUUGGGAUGGAUGACCAAAUUGCUCUUCUAAUAAAUUCCUGGUGUGAAUUGCUGUUACUCAGUUGCUGCUAUAGGUCAAUGUCUACUCCAAAUGAAAUUCGAAUUUCCCAUGAAAAAUCCGUUACUGUUUCACAGGCCCAAGCAAUGGGCCUCAGUCCUGUCAUAGAGCGCAUGAUUAAUCUCACCGAGCACCUCAGGAGACUUCAAGUUGAUCAAUAUGAAUAUGUAUCAUUGAAAGUUAUCAUCUUAUUAACAUCUGAUGCCCAUGGAUUGAAAGAGCCCGAUAAAGUACGUGCUUGUGAAAAGGAAGUUCUUGAAGCUCUCCAGAACUAUACAGGCUCCCAUUACCCUCAUCAUCCAAGCAAGUUUGGAGAACUUCUGCUUCGUCUUCCUGAACUUGAACGUGCAUGUCAAGUCGGUAAAGACUCUUUGACGACAAAGCAGAAAGCUGGUGAUAUGCCCAGCUUUAACCUUCUCAUGGAACUGUUGCGAGGAGAUCAUUGAUCAUGUGUGGGUUUCUUUGGAAACAUUAGUUUUUACCGGUGGCAUACUUUUCAUUUGUUGUCACCUAAAGAUGUGUCAACUUGUGAAAUUCAUUUUAAAUUUUAACCCUUUGAGUAGUCUAAGCUUAAAAACAUAUAGUCCUGAUUUGCAGUUGUGAAAUUAUAAAGAAUUUUUUUUUUAAAAUCAAAAUUGUGUAUUCGUUUUAGAAAUGGUGAAAAAAGUUUUGUUUUCAGUGUUGCAUUUUGAGAAUUUUUGUGUACUUCAUGCACUACACUCUAAAAUCCUAAAAUGACUUUUAAACACCAGUCCAUAACUUAAGGGGUUAAAACAGUUUAUGCUGUAGCAUGUAUCUUGUUCUGCCCUUCAGCAUCUUUGCAGGUGGCCAGAAGACUUAGUAUGCAAUGCAGUGCUAUGCAAGACUGGUGCUACUGGGUCAAUAAAGUGUUUGGUGCCAAUUUUGUACAUGUGUAAAUGUUUUAGUGUUGAUUGGAGACAGUUUUCAAUGUCAAUGCCAAAAUAUUACCUAUGCAUUUUAACUUUGUGUUGCAAUAACUCUAUAAAAUCGGCUUUGAAUUAAUAAUUUAAAAACUGCUAUAAAAACUGUGUUCAAGUAUCGAAUAAAAACAUCUUUUAUUAUAAAUUUUUAUAGAGCAAUAAUUAAUAUUUUGAACCGACAGCUCUUUUCAGUUAAAUAGGGGGUGAGAAGCAUAGGUAUCAGAUUUUUUAAUACCUAUGCUGUAAACAGAUUAUUUAUAUAUGUAACAGAUGUAUUUGCAUUCUAAAAUGUAUAAUAUGGUGAAAAUAAUCAUUAAUUGCAGUUUUAGAAUGAAAAUUGAAUAAUUAUCAUUAAGUUUAUUUUUAGCAUACUUAAUUACUAAAAUGUUAAAAUUUUAUCUCUCCCUUCUACCUUUAGAGAAACUACUGUUACAUAAUAUUGCAUGUUGGUAAAAUUGACUGCAGUUUGACAUUUUUUGUAAAUGGAAGCUUUUGUCUCCUUCUAAACAUUCCAUACAGUGACAUCCUUUGACAUUCCUUUUGUAUUUAAUUUUUUUUUAAUAUAUAAAAGUGGUAUAAGCUUUAUGUACUGUCUGCUAAUAUUUUCUUUUGCUGCUGCUUAAAUCUAUUUGUUGGGCAAAUAUUUCAUAUUAAAAUUAUUGGCAUCAGUGAAUCGAUAGUACUAUUACCCAAUCAUUAGUGAAUAUCAAAUUUAUGAACUGAAGACUUAAGGGCAAAAAGGAGACUUUUUAAAAUAAACUGUGCUUUUGGAAUAUUUAAAAUUUGAAAUCUGAAAAUAAAUAUACUGUGAGAAAUUUUUAGAUGUAUUUUCAGAAACAUAAUAGAAGUGAUAUUUUUUUAGCAAUAUAAGCAUUGCAUGAGGAAUGAGUUACAAAGAUUGUGCAUUGAUAAAUAGCAAUAAUCUAAAGUUGUAGUUUGUUACGAGGGCUAUCCAGAAAGUAGAUUACAUUUUGGAAUAAAAAAAUAAACAAAGUAUAGGAAACAAAUUUUAUUAUAUACAGAUGAAAGCCACACUACUACUACUUUUCUACAUAGUCACCAUAC